AUGGCAGCACUUCAUGGUAUCUGUAUACUUCUGAUGGUGGGAGGAGUAUCAUCAAAAACGACACCCGACAUCAACGAUAAAGUAGCUACGGGAGUGCUGUCUGCUAAAUUACGUACUGAGCGGAUGUAUUCGAAGGUGUGGGGUAGGCAAGGGGUUCUGGGGUUGAAUGGAGGACACUUUCACGCCAUCUUAGUUACUCGUGAGCUCGUGGAGACAGCUCUUCAAACACAACAAGCUUACAGGAUGAGCUGGUAUCUUCCACGUUGGCUGCUGAAUCGAUUUUAUCUGUGCUUGUUGGUACUCAACUGCUGGUCUUCUGUCUUUAUAUACUCUCUAUUAUUCAAGAAAAACGAGGCUCGCAGACGGUUUGCUUGUCCAUUGUGCGACUGUAUCCUUGAUCUCGUGUCGUGCGUGGGCAUCCCCUUCAUCGUUGUUCUCAGCUACAUAGAUCAGUUUAACGCUGACAUGGCCGGCUUUGAAAUGGAGAGAUGGUAUAGCGAGUCGUGGGCUGCUCGCAUUCUGAAUGAAUCCCAAAUGGUUCUUGUAACUUCGUGGUCGGACUUGAUGAGCCGUACGGUGUUUUCCCUUGGACUUAUAUCCACGACUACAAGCUUGAAAAAGCUAUUACGUCUCGUACCUAGUGGCAGGGACACACGGAUUAAUUGCGCUCCCGUUAAUAUCAAAGUACCAGACAAACCAACUACCAAGGGCCCUGCUCUGAACAGUGGUAGCUUCGGACUGCGAUCACGCAGUAGUCAAUUGGUGCUCCACUUGGUACAUCUACUCUUUGCAGCCUGGGGUGUGCUAGUGUUAGGUCUUCACAUCCAAGCGUCUUUGCAGCCUGAAUUACCACAAUGCACCUUACAAGUCCACCCAUGGGCAGUGUCUGAACCUGCCUGCUACUUGGCUGUUCUUGAUUGCUAUCGCCUGGGUAUCUCCGGAAAAAUGAAUGAAGUUGAGGCAAAGUGGAGUGAAUUCGAUAGGUCCAGCGUUGUCACGUUAGUCAUGCGGCAUUGUGCAUCAUUAGAAGUACCAGACAUGAUCACAGAGUUUCAUCGAGUCAGUGGUAUUAGGGUUUAUAAUUCGACAAUCGACAAUUGGGGAGUUUCAGCAGCCAUCACUAACACGAACCACCCCGACUUUGCUACACAAAUUUGCGCGGCUUACCGGAGUAUUUGGACCCAGCUUGGAUGA